UAUAUAUGUAUUUAUAUGUUUAACCACUUCUCAUUGGCGUUCUCAUUGGUACUUCAUUGCCUGAUUUGCAAAGGAUUUGGGGUUCUGCCGGAUCCCAAAUAGUGGAUUUGGUGCAUCCCUAUAUAUUUUUGCUGAAUUUUUGUGUAAUUGUUCAUGUGUUAUAUAGGAAUGAGAAGUAUGAAGCCGCUUUACUAAGAAUAUAUGCAUAACACCAUAUGAGUAAUGCCAAAAAUAUGUGAUUGGCCUUUAUGAACACAGACAAGGGCAGGGGACGCCUAUGAAAAAGAUUCGGUUUAUAACAUUAUGUUGAACACGAAGUUCCCGACCAAAUGGCUCCAGUUAAAAAGGAUAUUUUGUAUGCGAGGUUUCCCAGCUUUGCCAGGUUAUGCCUACAUUACAUUACGCUGGAGGCAGCAUCCAGAGCUGAUCGCUUGAGGGAUAUACCAACACGUAAGGGGUAGGCGACAAAGCGGGAAACGGAGGUUGUUUUCACAGAGCCAUUUAUAAGCGGAAAAUUAAGUAUAUAUGAAACGAAGAAACAAGUGCCCCAAGAACAAACCAAUGUAAAGGUGGAGCCGCCUGAGCGUUUGCUGUUAUUCCCCUCCCCGCGGCACAUAUCGCCCCGCCAGCAGCUCCUUCCUACUAGUCCCUCAGUGAGCGGCUCUCCCGGGGGAGGGGGCAGAGGAAACACCUGCAGAUGUCACGUAACUAUUCGAGCGCUGGCUGAUCAGCGCCACAUUAUGAGCAAUAAGCAGAGAAAGUUUCCCGGUGCCCUAAGUGCAGCUUAUUAUAAAGCACCGGCUCCUUACAUUCGGGUCUAUCCGCAAUACCCACAUUAAUCCCCUCUAAGCAUAAAGUGUACUGCUCAUAAAUAAUUGCGCCAAAUUCACCAACUCAGUAAAUGAAUGACAACCUUUUCGCACGUCGCUUUAUUCCGUGCAGGAACAAUAACUCCCACCUCAGCGGCGGGACAUUUAUACAUUAGUUGGAGCGCUAAAGGCUGUCACUUGUCGAAUUAAGGGCUGUCCCCUGAACGUGACUACAGAUCUUUCCGCCUCCGGGCAUCGUCACAAGCGCUAGCGACCUUAUAUAUUUCUAUAGCGCUUAGUCGCACCCCUCUCUGGGCGGCCAUGCUAUAUACUGUUUUAUAGCGCAGGAGCUGGGGCGUUAGGGGAUAGAAAUUCAGAGUUUUCCUUCCGUUCUCCUUUCACCUAUCCCAAUAAAACUCUCGAAUCUCCAACCCACCCCGCCGCCUCUGACUUCUCUCGCACUUGCAAGGGGGUGUCCAGCCCCCAGUCCCUCCUCUGCCUCUUUCUCUCCUCCCUCGGACCCCCCUCCCCUUCGUAUCCCAACCCCAAAUCAACCUCCUGUUUUCAGAAACCUCUUUUGACGCAGGAGAAAUGGCAAAUUUGAAGUACGUCAUUAACAUGGCGCCAAAAGCUUUUUUCCUGUAAGGUUGCUCGCUGGUGGUGCCCAACGCCUGUGCCUGGAGAGGGCUCCGCGGAAAGAAGAGUUAGCGAAGGGGCAGCACAGGGGGGGCCGGGCAAGGGGGUGCAAGUGCAACUAAUGAGCACAACUGGGAUAAAGUGAAGGCAAAGCAGGGGAGGAGUGCUGUGCUGGGGGAUAAGAAAGUGGGCUAGGAAGGGGGAGUGAAGCCGUACUUUGGAGGAGAAGGGGUGAAAAAGAAAAAGGGGAGGGGGGAAUUGGAAGAAAAAAGUGUUUUGCUGGGGAGGGAGAAUCAUUGCGAAACCAACCUGAUCUGACUUGUAGCGCAAUCCGAUACUGCAGCUUUUUUUUUUUUUUUUUCUCAAAAACGUAAUUUAACUCUAUCCUGUCACAAACACAUGAAGGAUUGUCAGCUCGAACCCCCAAUCAGAGAGGGACCCAGGCAGCACCCCCUCCCCUACCUGCUCCUACAGGCACCCAAAGCCCUUCCAGCAUGACACUGCCAUAGGACUGAGCGGAAAGUAAAGCCUCGCAGCACCCACCCCCUUUACGAGGAGCCUAACAGGGCUGCGAGCAUUCAUAUCAACACACACACGCAUCUGGGGAUGGCUACGGGGAUCCUGUGCAGCAGCCCAGCGAGGAAGUGUGUGUGAGAGACACAGCGGCCAUCUGAUACGGGAGUGAGGAACGUCCAUCUCACCGGGGGAGCUUUUAUUUGUGCAUGACAGCCAUGGAGUUACUUUGUACCCACUCCUAGAGGGAGAAGGCUGGGGAGAGCGGCUCUGGAUACACUCUGCAAUGAUACACCGCGCACUUUCUCUGGGAGGCUCAUGCUCUUUUCUGGGUUUUUUCUCUUCCCCCCACCCCCGUUGGAUCCUCCCCUAUUUUAACCUGAGCUAAUCUCACCAGUGAGGAGACCCCCAAGCAGAGCAAGAUGGAAGAAAAACGGAGAAAAUUCUCAAUAAGCAGCGAUGACUCUGAUACCACUGACAGUCACAUGACAUCCUCAAGAGGCUCCAAAGUCCCAGCUGCCAAAACUACUUGGACAAGACAAAAAGAGAAGAAACCCUCUGAGGUUUUCCGCACGGACUUAAUAACUGCUAUGAAAGUCCCAGACUCGUUCCAGUUCGGCCCAGAUGAAUUCUACAUACUAGCUGACCCUUGGAGACAGGAUUGGGAAAAAGGGGUCCAGGUGCCAGCAAGUUUAGGAACCAUACCGCAACCACAAGUUAGAUUUCAUGAAUUGGACGAUUGUCCCCCUCUGAUUACACCUCACUCAUUAAGUGCAACGGAGUGUCCAAGGGCAUUCCAGACUACGUUGCAGGCAUCCUGCCGAUAUGACCUUGAUGAGGUUGAUACUUGCUGGUUGGAACUUGUUAACAUGGAGUUCAAAGAGCUAGGCCUGCCAGAGAUAGACGAACUCACUAUGGAGAGGGUACUGGAAGAAAUGGAGAUACUCUGCUUUGAAAACAUGAAUGUAGCCAUUGAGACUGAAGAAGGAUUGGGUAUUGAAUACGAUGAGGAUGUAGUCUGUGAUGUUUGCCGGUCACCUGAGGGGGAGGAUGGGAACGAGAUGGUUUUCUGUGACAAAUGUAACGUCUGUGUACACCAGGCUUGUUAUGGAAUCCUGAAUGUUCCAACAGGAAGUUGGCUGUGCCGGUCUUGUGCCCUUGGAGUGCAGGCAAAAUGUUUGCUUUGCCCAAAAAGAGGGGGUGCUUUGAAGCCUACAAGGAGUGGGACAAAGUGGGUUCAUGUCAGCUGUGCCUUAUGGAUACCUGAAGUCAGUAUUGGAUGUCCAGAAAAAAUGGAGCCUAUUACUAAGAUUUCACACAUCCCACCAAGCAGAUGGGCAUUAUCUUGCAGUCUGUGCAGAGAGUGCACGGGAACAUGCAUUCAGUGUUCUAUGCCAGCUUGCGUAACUGCUUUCCAUGUUACCUGCGCCUUUGACCACAACCUGGAAAUGCACACUACCUUAUCUGAGAAUGACGAAGUAAAGUUUAAGUCUUUCUGCCUGGAGCACAGUAGUAGACCCAACAAAUCUGAGGACCAACGUGGCCAAAGACCAUCUUCCUCUGUUGCUCAGGUUGAAGCUGACCAAACCAAGCAGGAUCUGGAAAAAGUGACCCUUAGAAAGCAGAAACUCAUGGAGCUGGAGGAUGACUUUCAUGAGCUUGUCAAACCAGAAGACGUGGCUGAAAAUCUUGAUAUGAACAAGAAUCUGGUAGACUUUAUUUACCAGUACUGGAAGUUAAAGAGAAAGGCAAAUUUCAACAAACCUCUUCUAAUUCCGAAAACAGAUGAAGUGGACAAUUUGGCUCAGCAAGAACAAGAUGUGCUUUACAGAAGGCUAAAGCUAUUUACACACCUCAGACAAGAUUUGGAAAGGGUAAGAAAUCUGUGCUAUAUGAUCACCAGGCGGGAAAAGAUGAAACACUCCAUAUGCAAAAUAGAAGAGCAGAUUUUUCAGCUACAGAUGAAGCUGAUUGAGAAAAAUCUUCACAAUGAGAAAUCAAAGAAGAAGUCUAAAGUGAGAAAAAGUGAUCCCAAGAGAAAAGGGCGUGAUGGUGAAAAGGGAACUUCUGAGAAGAAAGAGUCGGUGAAAACUGGGAAUGAUUCUGUUUUGGAAGAACUUGGCUUGUCCACAUCCUUCCCUAUCGAUGGAACAUUUUUCAGCAGCUGGUUGGCCCAGUCUGUUCAGAUCAGUACCGAGAAUAUGAAAAUGAGUCAGUGGUCUUUAAACCACGGUCGCCAUGAAACCAACACUUCGGGGCUUCUUUCUGAAGAGCUGCUGCAAGACGAGGAGACCCUGUUGAGUUUCAUGAUGGAUAAUUCACUGAAGUCUUCUUUCAAACAGACUGAAACUCUAAGGAAACUGAAAACCAAAACGAGAAUGAAUGGUAAAAAAAAAAUGCCAAGAAGCAGCCCAAGUAACAUUUUUAAGUGUCAUAAAGAUGAUUUAAUGGAGUGGAACAACAUAAAGUGUUCGCCAGAUCAGACUGAGAAGCCAAGUAACCAGAAUUCAAAAUCCAGCAGAAACGGUAAAGGAAUUGCCAAGGUGCAAGUGGACCGCAAAGGACCUAGCGACAGAAAGGCUUCUAAAAAGGGACCGACCCAUUCCCCUGCUCCAAAAGCCAAUGGCUCCGACACAUGUCCUUUAACCAAUGGAGAGAAGACAAUUAAAUGUGCUCAACCCAAGUCUGAUUCUCUAGUCAAAGUGCCUGCCUCACUGGGUUGUCCGAAAUCAGUGGUGAGGUUUAAAUUACCAAAGGGGAUAGAAACGAGAUUGGAAUCAAAAAUGGAGGCCUCUGAAGCUGCAAAUAGACCUAAUGUCACUAAAAUGCCCAAGCUUAACUGCCAUUUGGAUGAGACUGAUGGCUACUAUUCAGAUGCAGAAAUGACCGACUCAGAAGAGGAAUCCAGGGAAGGAAGAGUGCAGCUAAACCAGUUUGAGUCCUCAAACGAUGACAUUGUUAGAAUGAGCAUUUUGGCAUCAUAACUUUCCAGAGAAUUUCAUAGGACUGUCAUUUAUAAAUUCUGCCUGCUUCUAUUCAAGCUUAUUUUGGCUUUAACGAUUAUAUAUUUCUGUAUGUGUUUGUCUAUCAAUAUAUACAAACAUAUUUAUAAGAACACAUACAUAAAUAUAUAUAUAUAUACCUAUAUGUAUACAUUUGUUUCUGCAAACACACAUACAAAGUUCAGCACAGUUGUCUUUCUCUACUUUGAGCCUCCUUAAGCCUCACACAGAUACUGUCUUUGCCCUUUGGCAUUUUGCAAAUGAAGCAGAUAGAAGCAUGAUGGGAUGUUUCUUCUGCUUAAAGAGCAGUGCAGAAGGGAGCUCGGCCGUAGAUGAGAUCUUACACAGUUCAAUGGGCAUUAUUUAAAGGAAAACCUGGUAAAGGCAGUUGUAUGGCUGAGACAGCUACCUUAAUAAACUUUCACAUUCUCUGCUAAAAUGCUGCAGGGGAAGCUAUUAGUAAAAUAAGCAAAGAAAAAAAAGACAUAAAGCACAAAAAAGCUUAUUUGAAGAAAGCACUUACAGGUGGAGGAAGGCAACUAAAGCUGAGCCUCUGUUUUAGCUCUGUUCCCCAAACUUCCUUUCUUCCGUCCAGGGCUUCAGUGGUUUUACAGCUGUGAGAGAUAGCAGAGGUCUGAGCUUUGUUCAAUACAAACAUCCAGUAUAUUUACAGUAUGGGAAAUACACACAGUUGUCAGAUUUAUUUUCUAAUCUCACCUAAGGCCAUUUAUAUCUGACCUGCCAGCAAAUUGUGUCAGAACAGUGGGCUGGAGGGUCCUGGCAUGCAAACAUGGACCUCCCUGUACUGGAACAGGUAAAUAUUAGGAGAUUCUAUAUCAUUAACACUUGGUUUACCAUACCAACAGUUAUAUGAUGGCCCAUUGAAAAUCCCUUGUGGUAAUGGAAUGUCUUGUCGCUUUCUUGCCAUUGUUAACAAUAUAGAAUCUCACCUAAAUCAUGAAUAUCCCGACUUGGUGGUUCCGCUACCGUUAAAAAAAAAAAUAAUCUGUGGGAAUACACUUGGUAUAGGAUAUUUUAUGGUUAUUCUUACUAGAAUAUUGCAAUAUGAAGUUGUGAAUCACUUACAGUGGUAUGUUCCACUCAUCCAGUCAUUUAGAGUUAUUUAUUGACAUUCAUCACAACACACGGUAGAAGGAAGAUUGUUGAAUAAACAGUUGGAAUUCCCAAGUCUGCUGAGUACAUGCUGAUAGCUUGUGACCCUCUCCUCUUUCCAAGAUGGAUUUCUAAGAUGGAUCUGAGACUAAACCAUAGGACAGCUGAUCUUGUGUUAGUUUGCACUAUAUGGAACAAGUGACGCUUGUCAUUUUCCAUAAAACUGUACAUGUAAUAGCGCUUCCUAUUCACUCCAAGGAACAGGGGACUCACCCUACUGCAAACGGAUAACGCUUUCUUUGUUAGAAGGGCAGAAAAAUGAAGUCCUGUAGACCCUUUCCACGGUCAUAGGGCUAAGUGUGGUCCAUGCUUUAGCAUGUCUCUCAGUCACAUAUAGCUGUUGUUUAUUAAGCUGUAUUUACGUAAAAUAUAAUGAACCCCAUUGUGCAAAAGUACAAUGAUGACUUUUUAUUGGUAAAUAACGUUCCUGCAGCGCUUCCAGUUUUAGGAACCAUCUGUUUUAGAGAUGUGCAAAUGGCGGCUGUUCUCCCUGAGGAUGAUGGGGCUUGUAGCUGGACAACAGUUGGAGGGCCGCCUAUUGGAGAUCCCUCUUACAGACAAUCCAUAUUCUCAUAUCAUCACAGGUGAAACAGCCUUGUUUAUCUCUUAGGGCUAGCACCAAGUACCAGCUUCAGACAUUGCUUUAUGGUGUAUCUACAUUGGCUUCAAUUGUAUAGACGUAUAUGUCUCAGGUCUUUAUCUUGUUUGCACUUCAACUUUUAAGCGAUCUUUAUAAAUAAAUUCAAGCGUUUUGUGUGGCCAAUAUGCUAAAAUCAUAACAAGGGUGUAAAAAAAAAAAAAAAAAUACUAAGAAAAACUAUCCCUUUCCUUUAUUGUUUGGUGUAGUUUUAUCAUGUGACAAUUUAGAGGGGAUGGGCUUGUUGCCUUCCCUUUGGAGGUUGUUGUCAUUUUGAUUCUGUUAUAUGUAUAGUUGGACUCUUUGCUGCCAAAAGGGCCACAAAGCUUGUUCAGGGCUUCAGAGAGGUCGUUUGUUUCAUUUGAGUGUUGUUUUUGUUUUCUUUUGGUUUUACAGGGAUAUCUCAACAAUCAUCUUUGUUCAAUCACAGGGACUCUCAGACACAAAAGUAAUAGAUCACACCAUUUAAAGGUCCCUUACAAGCCUUAAACCAUGUCUAAAUGCUUCAGAAAGCCAAUUAUUCAGGCAUGUGUAGGUGUUUGCACUCGUUCAUUUCAUUACAAACAUCCUAACGGUCAGAGACGUCGGAUCAUUUUCUUCAAUUGGAGUGACCCCUAGUGUGAGCUCAGGGAAAAACAACACAGGUCAGAUCAAGGAAAAACGAUAGAAUAAAAUUGUCACCUUUCAUUCAGUUCUUCAAAGGUGGGGUGUUUCUGCAGCCCCCAAAUCUUUCACUUUCCAGCAAAGCAAAAUCACACAGAAGAUUUAUUUUAAAAAUGCCAAAGAGUACUUCAGUAUACAAACAACUCAACACAGUUAGCAGCAUGGACAUGACCAGAUAUUCGGAGACGCAAAUCCAGAAGCUAAGUUGGACCCCACUGAGCUCACAGCAAGCACCAAUAGAAUCCCAGCUGCUGUGUCUUGUCCGCCAUGACUGCAAGCCCUGCUCUUUUGCUUUAAAUCACACAGACCUGUUCUACCAAUGGAGGUUUUCUCUAAUUCCCUCUGGGAGCAUCAAGACCAGCACUUCAAGGGGUUAAAACCGUACCUUUGUAUGGGGGUGGGGGUAAAUCAUUCCUGCAGUUGCAUUUUCCUAAAGGAUAAGUUGAAUAGGAGGGUAAAAAACAACCCUUUAUCAUGACAUUUCAGUCUCCUAUUACUUUGUUAUGUGAUAAUAAAACAUGCACGGUUUUCGGUCAUGUGACAAAAGUGUCUAUAUUCAGCAAAGCCAAUUAUUAACCCAUCGAAUUGCAGGAAAGUCUUCAGUGUACUGCAGGGUAAUGACCAGGAUGACAGAGGGUUUAUUGUGUCAUUUUGGCUGGUUAGUAUUAAAGGAACACUAAUGCUGAAAUGCCUGUUGCAUUCUAUUGCAAGGGAAUGUUGUUCUAUUAGCAGGCAUAGACAUGGUGGUUUUAGUGACUUCUAGGCCUUUGUGCCUUUUAACUGUUGGAGGAUGCAAUUUUUAAUUCCUGAUACUCUGGAGUAGAGAUGACGGAAAUAGAGGGUUAAUAUUGCAUUCUCCAGACUGUUAAAAGCAGCAUAUGUAAUAUUAUAUAGAGAGAUGUGUUUUUCAUGUAAUAUAGAGAGAAAGAGCUGUACCAGCAGAGGUUUGGCAUCCCUAAUGCUAUAGAAUAGAGUCAUUAGUGUUCCCUUAACAGAACCCAGUAUUGAAACGUUACAAGCUCCUUUCCCUACUACAGGAGUCACUGAAGGUUUAAUAUGUUUAACUAUGUUCAAUACCGUUACUAGGACUAAGUUCACUGUAACAUGCUUGGUUAGUGUUUAGAUACAACAAUUUAGUAUAGGUCUCAUACCAGUAAUGAAUAUGCUGCAUUUUAAUUGUUCUUGCUUCUGUGUGCUUCAGUUCAACUACGGUUAGAAACAAAAAUCGUCACAACCCACCGCUUCCUAGCUUCCUGCUUUAGUUACUCGCCUGAUCUGGACCGGAAACAAAAUAACUGCUGGAUUUCCUUUAAAGAACAACCAGGAUUCAGUGUGAAGCCGUAUUUCAUAUAAAAAAUUUGGCCUAAGGCACACACACAGGAGCAUCCGAUAGGCAGGGCUCAGAAUGGGACCUAACCUGCCAACAGGUACAAACUGACCAUGUUCCUGCAAAUGAUUCCAUUCUUCUAUGAACCAGAGAACAAUCAUUACAUUACAAUCUACCAGGCACUCUAUGGGGCAUGUUGCUUGGGUUACUUUCAAAUGGCCUUUUGCUGCUGCCCAAGGGGUAUAGGCAUCAGUGGGCAAACAGCACAUUUUAAAAUUUCCUGUAUUCCACUAUUCUUGUGUGCUGACCCAUUGGUGUCACUGAUCCUUCCUUGUCUGUUUGGCAGCAACGAAUCCCAGGACCUGUGCAUCCCUGUGGCUCAGUGCCCACGUGCCGGAACCCUUGCCUUGCUAUUAUUUCCCUUAGGUUAAAUGCACUUUACUUGGGUAAAACAAACCUAAAAUCAUCACAAAAAUGUCCAUAAAUGUUUUGGGGUUUUUUAAGCACUUAUAAUGAUCUGGGCAGGGUUAUGUUACUCUAUAUAACCCCUGGAUCCCUUUUGUUUGCCUUGAUAAUCUCCCCUAUCUCACAGUGUUACUUAUUGCUACAAUUUAAGAUUUUGGGAUCCUUUGAUGGGUUUUCCCGGCCAUACAGCCGUUAUUUGCUUUACCCUCUUUAUGCAAGAUUAAAAGUGACUAACCUUUUGAGAAUUCAUUAAGAACAGUUUGUUUCAUGUAUCAACUUGAUAAUAUCCUUCUAAUCAGCACGGCCAGGAAUUAUAUAACAUAUAUUUUUAUAUAAUUAAGCGAAUUCUGCCUAUUGAAGAGAGUAUAAUUUUAAGAACCUUUCCCAUGUAUGAGUUAAUCACUUCUAAUGUUUUUUUGUAAAUAUAAUUACUAUUGAAAGCAAUAAUUCUAUUCCCUGCACUGCUCUUCCUGACUACAUAAACCACUGAAACAGUGUAGCAGCUGUCGGCACUGCUCCAGCCAAGACUCAGGUUCCCACAAUGCCUUGCAUGUUCUGUCAUUCCCAGUCCUGUGAAGAGAAUGCAAGGCAUUGUGGGAAAUCAAAACAGUGAUAAUAAAAUCUGUAGAAGACACUUUUCCAAAGUAAGCUUUAUGUAUUGGCCCAAUGUUGAAAGCUAUUUUAUAUUUCUACUUUCACAGAGCACCCCUCUUCCUUUGGGGAUGGGGGGGAGGCCCGUCAAAUUUUCUCAGCCCAAACAAGUCCUUGAUUUCUGGUUGUUCUUUAAGGGAAAAUCCUCCUUUCUCCAUUCAACAAGUGAAACAGUACUUUCACAUCAGAUGCAGAUAACAAUAUGAAUGUCGCAGGAGAAACUGCUCCUGUCUUUGUUUUAUAAGAAAAAAUAAAAGUGAUGUGCCAUUUGUUAAUAUAAAAAGAAAUAUUGAAAAUAUAUUGAAAAGAGCAAUUAUAAAUUAUUUUUGGCUUACGUUGCAAUAUUUAUUUUCUUGUAUUAGAUAUUCCUUUGUAGACAAAAAAAUGUAUUUUUCAUUAAUGCAAAUGACCUAUUUCUCCUUUUUGUACAUUUUCCAUGUUAGGUGAACCUUACAGCAAUAUAAUGUAUGAGAUGUGUUCUGUGUUCUUCUAUAUGCAUGCUGUUUGUGUUGCUUGGAAUAGUUCUGUCCGCCCGCGUUCUCAUUUUGUUUUAGGGUUCAUUGUUUGCUUUAAGACACAUGGGACCACAGUCCAUUGCUCAUGUAAAAUUCUUUGUGUUCCUCAAUGUGAUUGCAAAAAAAACGUUAAUAAAGCUGUGUUUUAUGUGAAAUA